GCGUUCUUGGCGGCGGGGAGUGACACCACCCAAGCCAUGGGCGGCGGCGGAGAAGAGAAGCCGUUCAAUUUCCUCCAGGUGCGUCCAAAGUUUGCUUGGCAUGGGAGAGCCAUGGAGGGCAUGCUAUUGAACCAGACAGUUGCUGUUGCCGCUCAAAAUCCUCAAGAGGAUGACAGUGGAGAGGGCGUCAUAGCCGGAGGGACCGCCGGCGUCGUGGUGGAGACGGCUCUGUACCCCAUCGACACCAUAAAAACCAGGCUUCAUGUGAAUUACUUCUCUACCCACUUUUUUUAGCCUGAAGAUGUGCAGUCAACUCUUGUAUGGUUAGUUAGAGUUGCUUGUGGUCUCUGAUUUUGCUCGGUUGUAAUGACCAGACUCCCAAGUAGAAUAUGCUGCCAAGUAAGAUUUAAUUUUAUGUUGAAGUGCAAAUUGCCCAAGUGUUGCAUGCUGACUUGGUUAGAGAUGCAAAUGUCUGACAGUACCACAAAGUGUAGUAAUUACCUGCAUUGGAUGCCAGGUCUUAACCUGACACAAAUCCAUGUUCUCUAUGAAAUGUCCAUAUGUAAUUCUCCUUCUUAAUGCAAAAAUGCAUUGGAGUAUGUGGAUGGCUUGAGGCCCCUUAUUCUAAUAUGUUAGGCAAAGUCAGUGUCUUAGUGAACAAUUGCUCUUGUAAGGACUUGUAUCCAAUUCACACAUCAGGGUAAGUGAAUAAGAAUCCUGAUCGUCAAAUAUCCAAAACUGAGCAAGCCUGAAAACUAGGUACA